CACAACAAAUUAUGGGGAGAAUAAGAAUGAGUUACCCGCAGCUUCUGUGCAGCUCAAUGCACUGCUUCGCGCUGAUAUUCACGGCAAUACUCGCUCGCGCAGUGGGGGGCGUAGAUGUCAGCGGCAUGCCAGUGCUAUCGGCGACGGACCUCUGGAGCUGGCGACUAGGUUGCCUGGCCACCCACGUCCUGGAAGAGCACCCGGCUCACGGGCCUCGGUACGUCACUGCGGAUUACCUGCUGCACCUGAUCCAAAGCAGCUCGGACGCCGCCAUUCAGGCCAUCGUGCACCAGGUGCCGAUGAGCAUCGGCCAAUCGGUUCUGCAGCGGCCAGGCUUCCUGCACGGCCCCUUCCUUACGCAGCCGGACGAAGACCAACAGGCGCGUAUUGGUGCUUUCCGUACGAUCGUGUUUUUUUUUGUUUUUUCCAAAAGCAAAAAUAAACGCAAGAACGCACAAAAAGUAGAUGCGCGUGAAUUAUAAGCGGUGCAAAAACUUUAACUUCCUAUCCAGAUAUCGAAAUCGAAUGCACAGGUCCGCAGAUGUCUACCGGUGCAGCGAGUUCUUCUUCUUCCGCGCGCUCAUGGGCACAGCAGCAGCGUCAUAGCGUUCACACGUCCUUGUACGGGAUUCGCACCAGUGUAGACGACCACCGGAAGCUGUCGUUAUGGGAGCACCGAUUGGUGUGCGCCGCUUGGGUAAUACUGCUCCGCAACGGGCCCAUCGGGGUCCAGGAAGUGUUCGAGCAGCUGACUGCUUUGAAGACCAGCAAAUUGCGACGGCAAGCGGAACUCGCGGCCAUCCAGCGUUUGCACCAACAGGAGAGGGAGUUUGAUCACCGCACGCUGCUGUUGCCGACGCACGCAGACCUCCUGCAGUUGUUCACCGCGGGGCACCGCCGUAUCCUCGAGCGCAAGCACGCGUCGCAGCAGCACACUAUGCAAGGCCCCGCUACUAGUUCGAACGGCGCAAGAACAGCCGAGAUGACCACGGGGGAAAGACCUAUCGAAACGUCAGAUGCAGAAGGGACGGGCGGUAAUCGGAAGGUCUCCUUCGCUGGGGACGAGGAACUGGUGACAACAGUGUCAAUUUCCCCGCGAAAGGGCGUGGUCUCCGCCUGCACGGCUUCCGAAGGAGGUGCUUCGAGUAGUACUAGUGCCAGCAGUUUUCUGUGUAGUGCAGGCGCGGCGACCAGGCGACAGAAGAAGAAAGAAGGAAACCUGUUGAAGAAGCUGUCUACCGAUCCGGAGGGCAACAAGGAGUUUGAGCUUCGACUGGCCGCAGCCUUCCUGGGCGCGGAUCCCCGGUAUGCCACGUUUAGCAACCCGGCAAAAGUAGACGACCCACAGCAACAGAACGAGGAGAGAAACCUGACGCUGAACAGCACCGAGGAAUUCCGAGCGGUGAGGAUGAAUCUGAUGUACCUCGCAGCAAACGAAGUGGAGUUCGGCUCGGUUGCGGCGGACUUUUUUCGGAACGACGCUGCCACGUUCGGGCGGUGGCUGCUGUCAGGGUUGUCGACCUCGGGUCUGCGGCUUCCUGAGUUGAUCCACGUAAGGCACUACGAGGACGAGACUACGCGUCCGGGCUGCGUUUACUACCUGGAAGCGCACAUUCCAUUUCCCGACCAAGUCGCCGGACCAGCAGAACCUUUGUCGUGUUACCAGUCCGAAGAACCUGAGGGUGUUCACCGGCACCCGCAGUCGCGAGGAAGCGAUACUCGGCGCACUUGGGCGUCCUGCCCAUCCGCAGGAGGUACAUAUGUCAAUGGCGUUUUUUUUUCUGCUGAUUUCAACCGCACUGACUUCAUGCUGGCUUGAAAUUUGCGAUAUUUUAUGUUCGUCUACUUCUAUGUAAGAUGAUGUUUACGAUCAAAAUACAACAGUGAUCGGGUCGUCUCGUUAUCACCCAGCGUUUGAUGGGUACGAAUACCAUCUGCCGUCUAACUUGCUCGCAGAUGAAAUGGAGACUGGAGCUCGGAGCCAGCAGCAACAGGAACGACCCGUGUCAGAACCUUCUGGCGAAGAACCGCACGAGCUUUUUUCAGAGGAGGCACGGAAACGAGCGAUUGAGUGUUUGUACAUCCGGCCGGCACUGAAAGAAGCGGAGCGCCUAAGCAUUCCUCGGAGAAGUGCGUAUGCACCGUCCGCACCAUGCGGCUCCUAUCACAGUGCAUCUUCAGGUCCUGGCAGUCAGUACCACCCCGGGAGCUACGAGCAAGGACCGCGUGUGAGCGACGCUAGUGGACGAGGUGGUGUUACUUCUGGGCACUAUGUCACCAAUUCCGUUCCAAGACACGGCCGGGUUCCGCAAGCGACGUACGCCUGGUCCGACGUGCAUACACCGGGUCCGAGGUGGGCGCCGCCAAACAGUGCGUCCGUUUGGAAUGGCGCCUACCCGAUGGCACCGGGCCCGAUUUCGGGUCCAGGUUUUUUUCCGCCUGAUGCUGCGUACUGCCAUCCACCGGGGCCGGUGCCUCCUUACGUGUCUGCCACGGCGUCUCAGAGCGGUCCUACCGCUGUUCCGCAUUAUUCUCCUCCGCCACCGCCACCCCGGGCUGAGGCACCAUCGACAGCGCAAAUUGAGCGGCCGUCGGCUUCUUGCGCACCAGCGGGUGAAGAACUGCCGCUUACCCGGGAAGGCCUCCGCAGACGGGGAAAUAUGAUUUUGUUUGGGGACGAGAGGAAUCCGCGAGGAGGUGCAAGAACCACAGUCAGGAGUAACAGAAAGCAGGGAAAGAACAAAAACCCGCAGCCCGGCCCGGCCAGCGCAAUGCAACGAGGAGCGACUGCUUCUUGGCUGGGCGAUGAUAGUGCUCGCGGCAACCCACCGGCUCUCUCGCCAGCAGAGUACAACUCCGUGCAGUACACGCACCACGGACCGCCUUACCCGCCGCGAGCGGCCUUCGUCGACCGGCAGCAUCCGGAUCCACGCACCAGCAGUGUUCCUUUUUUCUCGGCCUCUGGUUCUGCAAGUUCGGUUUUCGGUUCAGAGCCGCUGCCCUCGCAGACGCAGCUCGCAGAGGUUGAACGGCCCCGAGCGGGCACCGAUCAUCCGCUAGAACAACGAGCAGUAGUAGAAACAACGGGUUCCCAUUGUACUACCAACCCUGCUCUGGGAUUCUCGUCGGAGCAACUGCUUCAGCGGCUUUUGGUGGACAGCGGCCAUAGAAUGAGCAGCCGGGGUGAUGCCGCAGCCGCAGCGAAGGAGCGACGGGGCGCCUUCGAGAUCAUGGGGGAUCGCGUCCGGGAGAUGCUACAAGAGAACGCGAGGAGUACGAGCGAAACCGCCGAAGCGGUUCACAAGGAACGCGAGCGCGCGCUCGCGGCCGCGAAGGCGAUGCUGCAAAAAUUCGUGCCGACCAUAGCCCCGCGCACACACCUGCGCGACGUGGUGAUGGCACGAAAAAACAGCGGGGACGUCGUGUUUAGUAGUCCUCGCGAAGGAAGCAGGUCGGCCUCGGCGGGCUCGUCUCCGCCAUCGUCCAACCAUUCUUCGCCGAUCGUUGGCUCCGCGGCCUCGCCCUGCGCCUCUACUUCGCCGACUGCAAAAAGGCAUGUGGUUCGCGUGGUGCAGUCCUUCGGGAGUCACGUGAACGGACUCGACACCGUGUCUUCCGAUUUGGACGUGACUGCAGCCAUCGACGUGGUGAAUCCGUGCUCCCCAAACAGCCUGCCGCGGCCGCUGGACUCCGACCAAGCACGGCACCUGCUGUUCUCGAUGGUGAGCGAACAUAAUUUGUUGCCCGGGCACUGGGAAGUGUUGGACGGAAUUCACGGAGAGUGGAGCCUGCAGGUGGAUUGGCAUGCCGCGCUGUGGAAAAGUCGCAUCCCGGUAUUGCAGCUGAUUUGGCGUCCUCUGCUGAAGUGGAGGCGGAAGGGCAAUGCAACUUCGACGUCCUCGGUAGUUGCGUCACAUGCGCUGUCCUCGUCAUCUCAGAACAAUAGCACGGCAGAUGAGCAGAGCCGCGCCACGAGGAGAGAUGGGGAGAUCGAGCCCUAUCCUGCAGGCCUCCUUCCGAAGAACUUUUCCAAUUCCACCUCUGCAGCCGGUUACCAGAAUACAACGAAUCCCGUCGUGGAGAAAGUAUCUAGCCCGCCUGCGGCAAACGAAAUUCUGCUUGAUUUGACUAUUGGGAACGAGAACGCCGUAGGAAACACUGAGCUGAUCCGGGCGCAAACGGAAAAAAGCGUUUUAGUCCGCGAUUGGCUGUUGGUGGUCAAGCUUGUGCUGAAAAAGGCGAAUGUCGUCGGCGCGAAGACGGGCUGGCUUUCGUCCCACGGGUGGGCGCUGGUGGGUCUGCAUUUCUUGCAAAUGCUGCACAUCGUUCCCAUGCUGCCUCCCGAAUUGGCACCAGAGCCAAUCGUCGUAGUACCAGCAGCAGCACCAGAGGGGGGAAGAACAAGAACACGAACAGCGACUACUCUGACCGACGAGAGUUCUGUCGCGGAUGAGCCAUUCCUGCAUUCCGCGGGCAGCGGCGGCGCGAGCUCGGGAGCGAGCGAAUUGGGCUGGGAAAUAAUCUCUUCGGCGGAAAGCGUGCUUGCUGCGUCGACCGCGGCUAGUACCCCCGCAGACUCGCCCUUUCUGGCGCCGAGCGCGCCGCCCUCCGAGGCCGGCCACCUCUCGGGGCUCGACGAACACGACGACCGGCCGUGGAGCGUAUCGGAUGUGAAGCUCUUUUCCAGGUCUGCCUGGCGCCCGUCCGACGUUCUCAACGACCCCGGGCUCGACCGCAUUGCGCCGGCAGCGUUGGCCUCCACGACCGGCUCCGCGCCGGAGUACUACACUUUCCUCGGGCGGCUGUUCCCGCACUUCAUCGACUACCUGCUGCAAAACUGGGAUGAGUUCAGCAGUGAAGAAGGGGAGUUCGUGAUUGCCGUCCGGGCACCGCCACAGCAUCAAGGCCAUGGGCAUGAGACGGCAGAAGAAAUUAUUGCCAGAGGACGUAGAGCAGGAGGGGACCACAGCUCGGCAGUGGGAUCGUAUGCAUCACAGAUGGCGCUGCAACCGCUUCGCAGGCAGUUUCCACUGUUUCCCCGCUCUUUGCACAGCUUCACCACCGGUUCGAAAAAACGAGACGGGCAUCUUAUACUACGGGAUCCAACCGCACAGCACCGUCAGUGGUUGUCGAUCCGCUCUGAAAAGACUAAGGACGAGUUUCGAAACUCGGUUGCGCGGGCAAUCAGCUCGCUUUCAAAUUAAGCUUACUUACUACAUUCAUUAUUUCUUCGGUAUUAAUAGUGCAUCACUGCCUCUACUAUGUUGACGGACUUUUACAGGAUCUGCUUUCAGAGGAUCUUUUCAUCGAAUGUAUUUAUUGGCAACAAAUAGUGAAUGCGUGUGUAGAAAAAAAAUAAAGAAAAAUUGCAAAAACCUGCUAGAAAAAAUCUAAAUCUAAAUACGCAGUGAAGAAAUGCGUCCAGAGUGGUAGCCAUCACUCGCUCUCUUGACCUUUUGCAAAUACGAGAAUACAGAUUUGAUUAAUAUGAAAUUCAGGAGUUGUGGCUGUUGUCGCCACUGACUUUUGAUAGAAAGUUACUGAUUCAAGAGAAAAAACAGAUAGUCAAAAUAUCAGCUGCGGUUGUGCCGCCGUAAAGAAUGUGAAUACUUUGUGUACCACCAGUGGACUGAAAAAUAAACAAGAACAGCAUCGAAAAAUACGAAGUUCGGAAAGAAGCUAUUCGGGAUUAUAGAUUGAGGAAAUCAAU